CACUUCCUGGUACACCUGUUUGUCAAGUAGUCCCUAAUCCGUGCGGAGCAACUGAGUCAUGAGAAAAUAUGGACUGUAUAUUAUCGAUAGUUUAACGCAACCUGGGAGACUGUGUCGUGAACAUUUUUUUCGUGUACCAGUUUCCACCGCUAAAAUGAGCCGACCUCGCCAGAGGAACACUACCCUGAAUGUCGUUUUGUUGCUGUAUUUGGUCGUCUGUCUGGUCCCUUCCCCAGUCUCCUCCAUCACAGUGAGGUCGCCACCAGAGCUCCAUGCUUCCAAAGGGGACACCAUCACGUUGUCCUGCACUUUCACCUCAACCAGUCGGCCGACCAGUAAGAUGUCAGUCGACUGGUCCUACAGGCCGCAGAGCGGAGGGCCACCACAGACGUUCUUCCACUUCUCAUCACGGGCCUUCCUUCCGGAAGAGGGGCAGUUCAGGGGUCGGAUCCGGUGGCAGGGAAGUCCAGCGCGUGGCGAGGUUUCCAUCGCUCUGAUCAAUGCCACACUGAAUGAUAAUGGGACUUACACAUGCUCAGUCAGAAACCCGCCUGACGUCCAUGGGUCACCAACCUCACACACAGUACUCACAAUCACACCCCAGGUGGCCAGUGUUCGAUUUUCUGACGUGGCGGUCCUCCUUGCGUUCAUCCUCCUGCCCUCCGCUCUCAUUACCCUGAUUCUGAUUGGCCGAAUGUUCUGCCCCACGAAGCAGCACCGCCAAUCAAAGACCUACAGAUCGCCCAUAGAGGUCACCGAGGGAGAAGAGUACGGCGUCAAGAUGAUGAAGACCAAAGAAAAGAGGGCCACAUGCUGUGACCUAUAUAUGAUGGACUCAGACUAUGAGGACGAAUACGAAAUGCACAAGAGGCUUCCAAGGGAGGAAGGCUUUGCCGAGUCCCAGUGCUAGCGACCCCUGCUGGUCGGGAGAUGUAACAACAAUGUCUGGACCUGGUGCCUUUUGAAUGAGAGUUAUCAAAUGGACAGCAACUGUUGAAAACCCUCAGUGCUGGAUUCAAAUGAUCUCUUUUCUGUGACCCUCUAAUUACUCACCCUUCACUUUUUUUCCUCUGUGGAGGUAAAUGCAACAGACUUGCUGUUAGUGAUGCAAUGUUUUUUUUUUUUUUGUGGUGACUGAAACCCUUGGGAAAAUACUGUAUGAAUUGUAUUUUCAUAUCAAGACAAUCAUAAUUUUAUGUCACCAUCAUUACAUUUAGAGAAACACAUGCUUCAGGCCGUGAUUUGAAUCAUUUUUGCCUACAAAGUCCUAAAUUUCUCCGAGGCCCAGAUUUAUGGACAUGAGACAUUGUUCUCGGGACACUUUUUUUUUCAUCCGCAUCUUUACAGUCUCUCUUAUUUGUAUGUGUAGGCCUCACAGGACACAUAGAUGCCAUCAUACACACAGACAAGCACUAUACUUUUCAUGUAAAUGUGUCACUUUAGAAUUUCUAUUUGUGAAGGAGAUAUGCGUCAAGCAAGAUAUGUUUUGUCUAAUUUAUUACCUGCUUUUUAGAGGCUAUAUGAAAUUUGUCAAGUUUUUUGUGGAGCGGUAGUGGAAUAUUUUUGCCAUAUCCUUUAUGUUUUAACAUAAAGAUAUAAUAAUAAUUUGGAGUUUCAUUUGUUACAUCUAUGCAAUAUGGUUUAUACAGAAUCUUGUAUAUAUUUUGAUACAUGUUCAGUCCUCUGCAUGUUAGAGGUGCUUUGUCAUGAUUUCAGCAUAAGCAAGGAACUGUAAAGUACCCCACCUAUUUUUAUCCUCCUUUUGACAUUCAAGCUCCUCAUGCCUUUGGGUUGUUUGAGUUUUGAUGUUAUGAUCUUUUCUGGAUCUGGUUAUUUUAUGUAAUAUAUCUUGGAUGAGUCUUGGCUGUGGAUGUACAGCUUUCCUUUGAUGUUUCACAUUUUGCCCAAAUAAAUGGCUUGUUAAGAACUGA